AUGCACGGCAUCUCUUCAGCUUGGCUGUUGCUAGCCUCGGGCGUCUUGCCUCUGGUGGCUGGCGACGGCUGCCCUUUUGCCAAGAGGGCCACCGACUCUGGUUCUGACUUGUUCCCUCCAAGGGAGAUUGCCGAAGACUUUGGACGAUGCCGUGUCGCUGGUAAUGCUGCCGGUGCUGGUACUCGAAGCCGUGACUUUUGGCCCUGUCAGUUGAGGCUCGAUGUGUUGCGUCAGUUCUCGCCUCAGAUUAAUCCAUUGGGCGAGGAGUUUGACUAUGUGGAGGCGUUCAAGACGCUUGACUAUGAGGCUCUGAAGAAGGAUCUGCACAAGCUCGUCACAGAUUCACAGGAUUGGUGGCCCGCUGACUUUGGCCACUAUGGAGGUCUGUUUAUCCGUAUGGCCUGGCACAGCGCUGGUACCUACCGCGCCAUUGACGGCCGUGGUGGUGGUGGCAUGGGUCAACAGCGUUUUGCUCCCCUCAACAGCUGGCCCGAUAACCAGAACCUUGACAAGGCUCGCCGCCUUCUCUGGCCCAUCAAGCAAAAGUAUGGCAACAAGAUCUCUUGGGCCGAUCUCAUCCUCCUCGCCGGCAACGUCGCCCUCGAGUCCAUGGACUUUGAGCCCAUUGGCUUUGGCGCUGGCCGUGCCGACACCUGGCAAUCUGACGAAUCCGUCUACUGGGGUGCCGAGACCACCUUUGUCCCCAAGGGCAACGACGUCCGCUAUAACGGCAGCAAGGAUGUUGUCGAUCGCGCCGACAAGCUCGAGAAGCCUCUAGGGGCUGUUUCUCUGGGCCUUAUCUACGUGAAUCCAGAGGGACCUGAUGCUAACUCUAAUCCUGCUGAUUCGGCUUUGGAUAUUCGUGUCAACUUUGACCGUAUGGGUAUGAAUGAUGAGGAGACUGUUGCUCUCAUUGUUGGUGGUCACACCUUUGGCAAGACGCAUGGCGCUGUUCCUGCUUCCAACAUUGGCCCCGAGCCCGAGGCUGCUGACCUUGGAGAGAUGGGUCUGGGAUGGCACAACAAGGUUGGUGAGGGUAACGGGCCCAACCAGAUGACUAGCGGACUUGAGGUUAUCUGGACCAAGACCCCUACCAAGUGGAGUAACGGCUUCCUCACCAGUCUUCUCACCAACAACUGGACCCUCGUCGAGAGCCCUGCCGGCGCCCAUCAAUGGGAAGCUGUCAACGGCACAGUCGACUACCCCGAUCCCUUCGACAAGACCAAGUUCCGCCGCGCCACCAUGCUGACUAGCGAUCUCGCUCUCAUCCACGACCCCGAGUACCUCAAGAUCUGCAAGCGCUGGCAGAAGAACCCCGAGGAGCUCCGCAAGGCCUUUGGCCGCGCCUGGUUCAAGCUCCUCCACCGUGAUCUUGGCCCCGUUUCUCGUUACCAGGGCCCUGAGGUUCCCAAGGAGAAGUUCACUUGGCAGGAUCCUCUUCCUGAGCGCAAGGGUGAUAUCAUUGGCGAUGAUGAUAUUGCCACUCUCAAGGCUGAGCUGCUUGCUGCCAAGGGUCUUGGUGUUUCCAAGCUUGUUUCCACCGCUUGGAAUGCCGCUUCUACUUUCCGUAACUCCGAUAAGCGUGGUGGUGCCAACGGUGCCCGCAUUGCCCUUAAGCCUCAGCGCAGCUGGGCCAGCAACAAUCCCGAACAGCUUGAGCAGGUUCUUAGCGCUCUCAAGGCUAUCCAGAAGAAGUUCAACUCUGGAUACAAGACCAAGCAGGUUUCUCUGGCUGACUUGAUUGUCCUUGGUGGUGUUGCUGCUGUUGAGAAGGCUGCUCACGAUGCUGGCUUCACAGAUAUCAAGGUCCCUUUCACCCCUGGUCGCGUCGACGCCACUCAGGACCAGACUGAUGUCCGAUCUUUCGGUUUUCUCGAGCCUCUUGCUGACGGAUUCCGCAACUACGGCCAUGGAACCGCCCGCGCCCGCACUGAGGAGCUCCUCGUUGACAAGGCCGCCCUCCUCACCCUGACUCCUCCCGAGCUGACCGUCCUCGUCGGUGGUCUCCGCGCCCUCAACGCCAACUUUGACGGCUCCUCGAAGGGUAUUCUCACCACCAAGAAGGGUCAGCUCACCAACGACUUCUUUGUCAACCUCCUCGACGCCGCCACUACUUGGACCAAGCAGGAUUCCCAGGGUGAGCUCUGGACCGGCACCGACCGCAAGACCAAGGCCAAGAAGUGGACUGCCACUCGUGCUGAUCUCGUCUUUGGGUCGCACGCUGAGCUUCGCGCCAUUUCCGAGGUUUAUGGCAGCGCAGAUGCCAAGGAGAAGUUUGUCAAGGACUUUAUUGCCGCUUGGGACAAGGUCAUGAACCUGGACCGCUUUGAUGUCAAGGCCAAGAACUAG